AGCAACAACAACAAAAGCAAUGGUAGCGAUUGAGCCUCAAUGCGAAUGCGCGAAUCUGUGCGAGUCAAAGAAUUGGAGUUUAAAACCUAUACCAGUCGAAAACGAGACUUCGACCAUUGAGCACGCGAGCGUUUAACAGCGGAACUUGUCGUUAACAUAGACAUUUAAAAAUAGUGGCGAAAGAUUCAAGCAUAACCAUAAUUGACCAUUUUAAUUUUUUUAAGUUAAGUUAAGAUCAAAAUUAAAAUAAAAACUUAAAAAGACAGCUGUCAUUCAUUCAAAAAAAAAAAAAAAAAAGCGUUAAGAAAAAAAUCAGUGAUCAAUAAACGAGCAAUCAAUACCAUUAGAUUUGGUUAUAUUGUUUUUGUUUUUUUUCUUCGCCGUGAUAUCGAAAAUUUACAAUCAAAACAAAACGCAGAGAACAAUAACCCCAUUCAUUCAAACAUACAUAUAUGGUGGUGUUGAUCGGCAACAAUGGUGUUUUAAGGUCAAACUGACCUCAACAUACAUUCUCCCCGAUGCCGAAAAAAGUUUGCCGGAUUAGACAGGGCACAUAGACGAGUUUUCGUAUAAAUCAGUGCAAAUUAAGAAAAAAAUUGAAAAACCCAAACAUAUUUAUGUAUGUACACAUGUGUGUUUAUUUAUAAAAAUAUCCAUAAAUAGUUGUAAGAAAGUCUCCCCCACACACACACACCGGACAAACAACCAUGAAAAUCCAGCUGAGCCAUCGUGACUGUUUGUUGCAGGCAACAUGCGGCAUGUUGCUGUUUUUAGUGGCGGUCACUUAUGCAACAUCACAAGCGGAAGUAAAUGCCGCACAACAUUUACCUCCAAAGCCAUUGAAAUUUGGUCAAAAGAUAGUCGAAAACGAAGUUUUUCAGCCCACAUCUGGAAAUUUAAGAGAAAGGACAGCCAUCAGUAGUACCCAAAAUAAUAAUUUUACCUUAAACCAGAGGAGACAACAACCCACAACCCAUAGAACGGGCGAAGGGAUUGCAUCACGAAGACCAAAUGAAAGUCGCACUUCAAAUCGACAAACUUCUUCAAGAAAUGAACAUUUCCUACCCACUGCCCUAACCCAAGCCCGUGAUCAGCCAAGGCAGUCGUCGAGCAGAAGAUAUCAAACACAACUUGAGGAAUAUCUAUCGCUACCAACUCAACUACCUCCUGCGGAAACGACCUCACAUAUUUCACGAAGACACAAUGCGGGUGGCUCAAAGCAAAAUGAAAUUAUUGUGCAACAAUAUGAUAUACCAGCAGUGCAAAAAAGCCACCAUGCUGGAGUCACCCCCACCACAACGGUUCAUAAGUCUGCAAACCCCUCUACAACAAGAGGUCAACAACGUUCCGCAGCACCGCCACCAGCAACAAAUGCAAAUCGAUCACGUCUUUCCCACACAAAUGUAAUAGAAUCAAGCAUUGCCUCCACACUGCGUUCUCUCACAAAUGUGGGACGACGUCAGCAAUCAAAGACGUCUACAGCAACCACAACCAUACAGCCUAAAUCAUCACGUCUUGCUGGUACACAGAAAAAUUCUCAACAUUCAACUGUGCCAUCAUCAUCCGCUUCGUCUUCUCCAACCUCACGUAACUCAAAUCAUAGUACCUUCGUAACAAAAAGCACAGCAAGGAAUAGCAACGGCAGCCCCAACCAGAGAGUAUCAAAUCGUCAGCAUGGAACACCGCCAACAUCUGAACGUAGUAAUGGACGUAAAAUUGUAACAACCACAGCGAGUGGACAAAUUCAAAAGCAACAAAAGAUAAAUGCAGCUAAUCAUAGCAGCCGAUCAAAUGCUAAUAGGAAAGCUCCAUUGAAUAGCAGCAGUACCACAGCAGUGGGCACCACAACUCCAAGAGGCGGCCUUUUCUCUCUACCCAAUGAAUACAAUAUUUUCUCACCGGAAUUUUGGAGUUUCCUCAAUCCUACAACUCGAGCCACACAUCGCCCAACAUCCUCAGCAAGAACUGCUCCCUCGAGUACCAAAAAACCACCCAAGAAGUACAUACCACCCCAACAAAGCUCGGGAAAAGAAGAAAAACUAAAAAUUAAACCAACAUAUCCAACAACAACAACAAUACAAACAACCACAAAAUCGAUUCCCGAAACUACCAUCAAUGUGACACCCACAUCCACGCGUAAAGAUGAAGGUCCUUUUCGCAUAGCUUUACCUACCUUCAAUAUUCUUGGCGCAAGAAAAGAAUCAAAUUCCGAAACAGACAAAGACAAACGCAAUGUCGAAGACAGCAGUAGCGCCGACCUGCGAGCCAAAUUCAAUUGCCCCCGCGAGAGUGAGGUACGCUUUCAAUUAUUUCCAAAAAUUUGCAAAAUAGAUGACGACUGUGCCGUCUGGAAUCGUGGCGAAAUAUGCUGUGAAAUAUUCGGUGCCAAGAGUUGUGUAUCCGGUAUACCCAAACCCCUGGAAGAGACACCGCAUUCACCAAUACUGGGUCUGAUACCGCGCAAGUGUCCCGACCGGCCGCUGGCGGAAUUAUGGUGGGAGGUGAAGGAAUGUGAAACAGAUAUGGAUUGUUGGCCACGUGUGUGUUGUCCAGAUGGCAGGAGACGCUAUUGUCGUACAUCGCAGCCGGAGUUGAAUACGGUGCCGGUACCGGUGCAGAGGUCUUUCAAUUAUUUGACUGAAUAUUUGGAAUGUACCGCUCCACCACCACCCAUAUUCGAUUUGCAUCCAAAAGCGUGUACUUCAACGCUGGACUGUUUCCCGAAUGUCUGCUGCCAAGAAGCUGGGCUGCGUCACUGUAGACCACCGAAAAAAUCUGUUCUCACCAUGCUGGCCAAUGUCUUCAAUGUCGACUUAGUUAAACGUCUAACACAAAAUAUUGUUAUUAAAUAAUAUGGCUGUGUAAUAUACUCCUAAUAUUUAAUUUAAAUAUUUCAUACAUAUGUGGAAAGACCCAUAUAGACUUAUAAGCUCCUAUCGUUUCAACUACUUAGUUUUCUUGAGUGUAUCCAUAAAAAAAGCGUCACUACUCAUAUUUUCUUUAUUUUGUUAGUCUUCGACGACACUCUUUUUUGUUUGUAAAUAUUUAUUGUUCAAUCUUCUUUUGUUGUAGUACGCCUUAUCUUGCCCAUUAUUAUUGUUACUAUUAUUCUUUUUCUAUUACGUUGUAGUUUUUUUUCUUGUAUAUAGUUAGAGUUUUAGUGAUACAAGUUUUUGAUGAACAAUCUUUGUUAUUGUAAUUGUAA